UCAGAUAAAAGAUACAUUGAUUUCAGCAAACAUGGGAUUGGCUGCGCGGAGCAUAGACGGGUCAAACUGAAUGAAUUCACUAUUUCCGAUCACCCGGUGAUUUCUUUACCCAAAUCACAAUCAGUCAAACACUCAAACUCAAUCAUAAUACCUAAAUCAAGAGCCCAGUAAUCUCAAAUUUUCGACUAUGAUUCUUCCACUACUCCUUCUCCUCACCGGAUCCUUCAUUUCUGCCGACAACACCACCGGUUUCUCCUUCAUCUUCACCGACUCAGAACUCGCCGGCGUACGAGAAAUCCAACCCAACGGCCAACUCCUCCACACCAACCAGACUCAAAUGUCCGGCGUUGGCCACACCUUCUAUUCCCACUCCUUCCCCUUCACAAACACCACCUCCUUCUCCACCUCUUUCGUCUUCGCAAUCAUACCGGAAAACCCACGUUACACCUUUCACGGCAUGACCUUCGCUAUCACUCCCUCAAAAGCAGUCAUUGACGCUUCCUCUGCCGAACAUUUAGGCCUCUUUAACCGCACCAACGACGGCGACAAUUCCAACCACGUUGUCGCUCUCGAAUUCGACACUUUCAAAAACCUCGAACUCUCCGACAUCGACAGCAACCACGUAGGUCUCGAUAUCAACUCUGUAGUAUCCGUUUUCGCUACAACAGCUGGCUAUUACAACGACCAAGAUGGGGUUUUUAAUAACCUAACUCUUGCAAGCUCACAACAAAUUCGAGCUUGGGUUGAUUACGACGGCGUUAAUAAACUAUUCAACGUCACACUUGCUCCGUUACAUGUCGAAAAACCUAAAAAACCUCUUGCUUCUAUACAAAAAGAUUUAUCUACAUAUCUAUUAGAUGAAAUGUUUGUGGGUUUCACUUCUGCAACUGGGGUUCUUCUUCAACGGUUUUAUGUUCAAGCUUGGAGCUUUCAGGUUAACGGUAAAGCUCAAGAAUUUAACGUUUCCGAUAUUCCACCGUUACCGUUACCUCUCAAGAAAAAUACAACAAAAAACAAACACCUGAUGAUUCUAGCAAUUGGGUUAUCUUUAGGUGGGUUACUUGUUAUUUUCAUAUCUAUAAUUUUGGGGAUUGUUUGGUAUAGAAGAAGAAAACGUAAAUUUGCAGAAGUUCUUGAAGUUUGGGAGGUGGAGUAUGGACCCCACAGGUUUUGUUACAAAGAAUUGUACAAAGCAACACAAGGGUUUAAAGAAAGUGAACUUUUGGGGAAAGGGGGUUUUGGUCAGGUUUAUAAAGGGAUUUUACCGGAGUUAGGUACUCCGGUGGCUGUGAAAAAGGUUUGGCAUGAAUCCGGUAGGGGAAUGAAGGAAUUCGUGGCCGAGAUCGCGACAAUUGGGCGGCUGCGCCACCCGAAUUUGGUACGCCUUCUUGGGUAUUGUCGACGAAAAGGGGAGUUGUUUUUGGUUUAUGAUUACAUGCCCAAUUUGAGCUUAGAUAGCUUGUUGUUCAAUUCGAAUUCGGAUUUGAUUUUAACAUGGAAACAAAGGGUUAAAAUUAUUAUGGAUGUAGCGGAAGCGUUGGCGUAUUUGCAUGAAGAAUGGGUUGAAGUUAUAAUCCAUAGAGACAUCAAAGCAAGCAAUGUGUUACUUGACGCGGAUUUGAAUGCAAAAUUGGGCGAUUUUGGACUCGCUCGGUUUAGCAACAAUGGAAAGGAAGCAAAAACAACACAUUUGGCUGGAACUUUAGGGUACAUUGCACCUGAAUUAGCUAGAAAAGGGAAAGCAACGACGGCGACAGAUGUUUUCGCCUUUGGGGCGUUCUGUUUGGAGGUGGUGUGUGGGCGGCGGCCUGUGGAGCAUCAAGGGCAUGAAGAGGCGGUUAUUUUGGUUGAUUGGGUGUUGGAUUGUUGGUUUAAGGAUAAGUUAUUGAAUGCGGUUGACCCGAAGCUUAAAAACGAGUUGGAUGAUGCGGAAAUGAGGUUGGUUUUUAAGAUUGGAUUGUUGUGCUCGCAUAGUGUGCCCGCAGUGAGGCCGAGCAUGUCACAAGUUUUGAAAUUUCUCAAGAGAAUUGAACCAUUACCUGAAGAUUUCGACGAUGUGUUGCAUAUAAGGGAGGAUUACUCCGGUCGUCUUGGUGAUGCUUCAGCAAGUGCUUAUUUUUCGCAGAUACAGUAUAAUACGGUGUCGUCGCCGAUCACCAGCUCCAUUAGUUCAUCCGGCCGUUAAUGUGGUCAAAUACCAAUAUGUGAUGUAUUGUUGAGGUAAGAUGUUUUAUUUUUUAAAGUGUACACAAGAUGAAUCGUUACUUGUAGAUAGAACAAAAGGUUCAAUUAUGAUGAAAUUGGACUAUUCUUUUAUUUCUGAUCA